AUGAAGUACUCACGAACAUUAACGAGUCUGUCCCUGCUGUCUUCUUCCGCAGCAGAAGACUUGACCAAGCAUGUCAAUGUCUUUAUGGGAACCCAAAACGGAGGCAAUGAUUUCCCCGGGGCUGCAAGACCUUUUGGCAUGGUCAAGCUAGGCCCUGAUCUGCUGCAGUCCGGCACAGAUUCCUAUUCGGGCUAUCUUGCGAAUGGAAAUUUCUCUGGCUUCAGUAUGAUGCAUGAGCAAGGCACCGGUGGAGCUCCCAAGUAUGGCACUGUCUCACAGCUGCCGUUGGUCGGCAACAUCAGUGACCCGUUGUCCAAUAUCACCGUAUCUCGAAAAGAAUCAGAUCAGGGUUCUGUUGGGUACUACAAAGCCCAGACUGGGGACGGUGUUGAUGUCGAGCUCAGUGCUUCAGCGCGAGCGGGUAUGUAUCGAUAUACGUUCCCAUCGGGUUCUCAAGGUAAUGUGUUGGUGGACGUCUCACAUGUCUUGCCUUCUUUCCGUGGACAGGGUCUUGGUCAAAACUAUAUGGGCGGCAAUCUGUCUAUCUUUGCAGAUGGUCACUACGAAGGCUCUGGAGUCUAUGAUAACGGAUGGAAUGAAGCUCCAAAUUGGACAAUCUAUUUCUGUGGGUACUUCGACUCGUCGGCAACAAGCAACAAGACAUACACAGCGACGGGCGCGGACAAGAGUGUUGAACAGCCACAUGGCUUUGUGACAUCUUCCUCUAGCUCCACUCGAGUGGGUGGGCUGUUCUCGUUCAGUGACAAUGAAGUCGUCUCCCGCGUGGGAAUCUCUUGGAUUUCCACAAAGCAGGCCUGCGACAAUGUGAACCGCGAGAUUCCCGAGGGCACGAACUUUGAUUCUGUGGUGGACGAUGCUGUCCUAGACUGGAAUAGCAAGGUCUUGUCUAAGAUCACCACGACUAAUGCCAACGACACUAGCCUCAGUCUACUGUACACUUCGCUAUACUUUAUGCAUCUGAUUCCGACCAACCAGACCGGCGAAAACCCCGGUUGGAAAUCAUCUGAACCUUACUAUCAGGACAUAUUCACGUUCUGGGACUUAUUCCGCUGCUCCACAUCUCUGAUGCAGGUUCUACAGCCCACUGCCUAUGAAGAGCAGAUCCGGUCACUAAUUGACAUCUGGCGAUUUGACGGCUACCUACCUGAUGCACGGUCAUCUAAUUAUAACGGCCGCACCCAAGGUGGCUCCAAUGCCGACAACGUCCUCGCAGAUGCAUACGUCAAAGGCGUCCGGGGUGCAGUCAACUGGGAAGACGGAUAUAAAGCUAUGGUCAAAGACGCCGAAGUGACCCCCGCCAACUACCCCGUGGACCCAAUGUCCCCCGACUCUUCCACCCAUCAAGGCCGAGGAGCCCUCCCAGACUGGCUCAGCUUAGGCUAUAUUACGCCGACAUACAACCGUGCCGUCAGUCGGGCCGUUGAGUAUGCCUACAAUGACUUUGGGUUGUACCAAGUUGCCUCAGGGCUGGGGAAAGACGACGAUGCACGCAAAUACCUCAACCGGUCGCGCAACUGGCGCAAUCAUUGGAACUCGGACCAGACUUCGCUUGGAUUUUCUGGGUUUGUGGUACCUCGUAACCGCAGCGGUUUCAUCGAUGUGGAUACCUUGAAUGCCGGUGGCUACUGGACAGACCCCUACUACGAGGCUAGUGCCUGGGCAUAUUCGUUUGCAGAUGUGCACGACAUGAAGGAGAUGAUCAAGAUGAUGGGAGGGAAUGACACAGUCUUGCAUCGGCUAAAUACCAUGUUUACAGAGGGCGCUAGUGGAUCGAGUGGGACUAUCUUUGAUCCCACCAACGAGCCAAUGUUUAAUCUCCCCUAUCUGUACCACUUCAUUGACCGACAGGAUCUGUCGGUAGAGCGGUCCCGCAAGGUGGCCAAGAGCGACUAUUCGACUGGAGUGGCUGGUCUACCGGGUAACAGCGAUGCCGGAGCUAUGCAGACCUGGCUGCUUUGGAACAUGAUCGGUCUGUACCCGAUCACGGGCCAGACAACCUUCCUGAUCCAUUCACCUUGGUUCGGGUCGAUGACCAUUAACCUUGGUGAUGGCAAGAAGCUGCAAAUCACGGCCACAGGGGGCGAUGGUAAUGGCGACAGCAACAUCUACGUUCAAAGCCUUAAGGUCAACGGCCAGGUAUGGAAGCGGAACUGGUUGACCUGGGAUAAUGUCUUUGCCAAGGGAGGAACGCUUGAGUUUGAGCUUGGGCCGACCGCAGUCAACUGGACCAGCGGCGAGCUACCACCGAGUCCUGCAUCGGAGUAG